CGGAGGCGUCAUCAUCACACGCACGAGCGCUGUCCGUUUGAAUCACGGGCUGUACAGUCGAGUAUCGCUUCACACAGCUACAAUAAAAGUCGGAUGAUUUGCAUUUUAAAACCUAUUUAACCACAUGCUUAUCUGAGUUUGGAUUUAACGCACUAAACCUUUACAUGGACUGAGCGCUUUAGGGAAUUCUGCGUGUUUCCCUGGUGCAUUAACCAGUAGUUAGAUUGCGGAUUAAUACGAAAUGGCAACGGACGAGCUGUCAUCGAAGCUGAACCGUCGGCUGAAGAUCGAGGAUGGCUCGCACGAGCCGGCGGCGGCCCUGGAUGAGGCUCACGAGAACGGAGCGCACGAUAAACCGACCACGAGCAGCGCGGACUCCGAGCUCGGAGCCAAACUGCAGCGGCGCGGGGAGCUGAACGAGGGCGUCGGUGAACACCAGCAGCCCAGCAUGAAGGUGUUCAACCCCUACACCGAGUUCAAGGAGUUCUCGAGGAAGCAGAUCAAAGACAUGGAGAAGAUGUUCAAACAGUAUGAUUCAGAGAAGGAUAACUACAUCGACUUGAUGGAGCUGAAGCUGAUGAUGGAGAAACUGGGAGCUCCUCAGACUCACCUGGGCCUGAAGAACAUGAUCAAAGAGGUGGAUGAAGACCUGGACGGCAAACUCAGUUUCAGAGAAUUUCUCCUUAUCUUCAGAAAGGCAGCAGCAGGAGAGCUGGCAGAGGACAGCGGCCUUCAUGUCCUGGCACGUUUGUCAGAGAUAGACGUGUCGACUGAGGGAGUGAAAGGAGCCAAAUCAUUCUUUGAGGCUAAGGUACAGGCUAUUAACGAAUCCAACCGGUUUGAGGCCGAAAUCCGUCUGGAGCAGGAGGAGAAGAAGAAGCAGGCAGAGGAGAAGAAACAAAGACAAGCCGCAUUCAAAGAGCUGAAGUCAGCCUUCAAAUAACCGCAUCCACCUCCUCCUUUUACUCAUCUACGUCUGUCUGUCAUCAGAGUCCCCGCAAUCAGAGAUACUAUGCAAGGCUCAAAAAUCCAUGCAGAUUCAUCUUCCUGAGAGAUCUGUUUUAUCCUUGCCUCUUUCUCUCGCUCGCUCAGGCUGAUUUCGAAUGUGAAGCCAGACACUGAUCUCAGUACACUGGAUUGGAUUAGUUUUCUUUCAUUUGCAUGUGUAUGUAUGUCUGUUUUCACCAUCAGUAUCGUCAUUUUGCAUCUUGUUCUCGUUAAAGUGACCAAAUUUCAUUAAAUCUAAUGCUUAAGUAGUUUUAAAAUAGUUUUUCUUUUAAAUCUUUUAUUGUUCUCAGUAUGCCGUUUCCAAUCCCCUGUAUUCAUAUCAGUGGUAAUUGCACUAGCGCAAAACACAAGCAGGAAAUACUUUCCGCUGUACCAUGACUAAUGAAACUUUCAUUGCUGGCCAUUUUAACUCGAGAGGGCAAACAUCAGAUCUCUCAUUCACGGAUGAAUUAGGAGCGUUAAGUGGUCAGUAUUUUUUCUGAGUCGAUAGACGGAGAGCUGGUUUGGGGGUGUAUGUGCAUGUGUGGUGAUGGUUGUAAUGGUGUUUGUUUAAUUUGCAUGGUCACUGUGGUGUCGUUUUCGCUAUAGGGUACACUUUAGGUGUCCAGUGUUAAAUGUGGCACACGCUAACCUAAAACUGGUAUACAAAUCGCAACGAGACAUAGCUUUAAAUUUAAAAUAGCUUACAAAAUGUAAGAAAUUGCAACAUAAUAUUUUGAGUUUGCGUAAUUUUUGUUGAUGGAGGCGUUUCGUUAGGGCAAAGUCUAACCUGAAUCCCUGUACUUUGUGCUUCCAUGUGUGCUGAUCAAGUUACUGUGAUAUGAGGUUGAUCAGAUGCAUCAAGUGGAGUGAAAUCAGAUUUGAAGACCGUUUAUUCACCUUCAUGUCAUUCCAAGCCUAUCUGCCUUUUUUUUUUUUUUUUUUUUUUUGUGCAAACCACAUGGUUUUUUUUAUGUUGGCAAUCUAAAUGUUUUUUUUUUUGUUUUUUUUGUUCCAGACUUUUGUUUUUGUAUGUGUAUUAAAGUUAAUGGAGAAUAAUUUUUCCUUUUUUUUAAUAUAUAUAUAUAUAUAUAUAUUAAAAAUAUACAAUAUAUAUAUUGUAUCCCACAUAAGAAUUAUGCAGGUUUGAAUGACAUGAGGGUGAAUGUUUUUUGUUUUUAUAUUGUUUAUUUUUGAGGGGUGAACUAUAUCUUUAAAUAUUAAUAUCUUUAAAUAUUGUCUUCAACGCUUUAUGAAAAUCGCAUGACUGCCCAGCAAACAAUUUUAUGUUUUUAAAUGUCUAAUAGACAUCUAAACAAAGACAGCUUGGCUAAAACAAGGCAAAACUUGCGCUGUCAGCAAAAAUAUAAUAGAUAUCUAAGAAUAGCCCAAAACUAGACUAGUUGUCAAAUAGACCGAUUAGAUCAGGAGUGUCCAAACUCGGUCCUGGAUGGCCGGUGCAGAUCCUGCAGAUUUUAGCUCCAACUUGCCUCAACACACCUGCAUGAAUGUUUCUAGAAAGCCUAUUAAGAGCUCGAUUAGCUAGACUAGGUGUCUCUGAUGGGGUUGGACUUAAACUUUGCAGGACAUCGGGCCUCCAGGACUGAGUUUGGGCACCCCUGGAUUAGAUAGACUGUGUAAGUGUAAUCAUUCAUUUCUGUUUAUUUGAGGGCUAGUUUUGGCCUAUUCUUAGACAUCUAUUAAAGUUCAAGUUCACUGACAGACCAAAUUUAGCAUUGUUUUAGCCAACAUGGCCAUGUUUAGACAUCUAUUAGACAUCUUUUAAAAUAAAAAAAUGCUUGCUGGGUGUUUUGACAAGUCAAUGCAUGUUUUCCCAGACCAAAAUGACAAACAUAGUCAAUUUUUUCUCGACUAAAUAUUUAAUGUGACAAAUCAUCCUGUGACCGUUUACAGUGAAUCGUAAUAAAUUGAAAGUUUUAUGGUCAUGUGACAUGCAGUACACUGUGGCAAACGUAACUGAGAUCCUAUGUAUAAAGACAAAUCUAUAUAUUUUCAUGUGAUGAAAAUGAAAAAUAAUUUUAGUUUUGUAUGGAAAGGGUGUCUUGUGAAAAGAAACAUUCUUAUUUUCUCAAUAUAAAUUUCGCCGCCUACAGUUUUGUCUCCCUUCUGUUCUCCAUCAGCUAAAAUCUUGAAAAUAUAAUUCCUUUAAAUCGGAGACAAUAUUGUUGGCAUUUGCUAUGCUUAAUGUUGUUCCUUGUCUCUGUGUUCUGAGUCACUGGUAAAUGUUCUUGUUUGCUGACUUGUUCUGUGGAAAGUCAAACAAAAGGUGUAUAAAUAUUUCGAUCUUCCAGUCUUCACAGCCAUCCACGUUUUCUUUUACAGUUAUCUGCUGUUUAAACUCAAAGUAUUUUGAAUUUAAAGGGUAAAUAUAGUAGUGUGUUUGUUAAUAUUUGGUCAACCAAGAGUCGGAUUUCGACACCAAUCAAUUAUUGCAUUUCUUUAGAAGCCAUAAAUAGUUCUGUCAUUUCUUUUGAGAUAUCUUUUUUUAGCUGAUCUGUUCUUAUUGUGCCAAAUGAUUUCACACUUCUGUUCUGUGUCAGGCUUAUUUUAGUAGGACAUUCCACUGAUAUUAGUUGAGUUUAGACUAAACAUCAUUGAUCUAAAAUGUUUUGCAUUUGUUUUUGAAUGUAAAAUGUUUUUAAAAUGUAAUAAAAUUGUUGAAAUUUAAGUUGUUCAUUAAUUAAAACCCUUUUUGCAGUUUUGGUUUUAGAAUAUUAAUAUUUGCACAAAUGCAUAACUACAGCUGAGCUUUGGCAGUAUUGACUUUAAUGGAUUUCUGUGAAAAUCUGCACCUUGUAAAGCAGAUUACACAAACAGCACAAUGUUGUUUUUGGUAUUUGAUCAUUUUUCUGUGAAAUGUAAUGCUAGGAGGAUGAGGAAUGAGUGUUGUAGUCUUAACGAUUUCAUCUGAUGGCAUGUUUUUUUUAUCUUUUUGUUCGUCAUUCCAGCGACUUGACAAUGGUUGAGAAGGCAUUGAACCAUCCUGACCAUAUCUGUACCUUACUGUCAGCGUCUGUGUCAGUCGAAUCUGGUGGUUAUGGUAUCAUACUCUCGUAGGCUUAUACAUAUUGAUAUGUGGCUUCUAUAUGCACAUUUAUUUUUGAUUUUGUUACUAAAGUGUAUGAUUCUUGUGACAAUAAAACAAAAUGCUUUUAAUUUGGAAA